GGAAUACAUCAAGGAGGUUCAGAAAGCCCUAGCGGAGAACCCCGGUAUACAGGAUGUACUUGGAAGCACGAUAAACGACGUUCGAAGGACGGAAUGGUCUCCCAUACACAUGGCACUCCGAUAUAUCGGCGUCGACGUACUUCCAAAUGUGGAGGGUUACCUGAGGCACGUGAAAAUCGAUACGAUAUUGAAGGACGUCUAGCUCCCCCCGGGUUUCUAUUGAGUGAACAGCUGAAAGAUGCCCCUGAGGGUCUUGGGCCGCUCCCAAAAGAAUUGCGAGAUUCGUAUCGAGACUAUGGGGCUGUAUUCAACUGGCUUCGGAAGCGGAAGGUAAAGAAGAUCAUUAAACUAACGGUGGAGGACAAAGAAAGACUUCCCCACAGUGACCGCACCAUCGAGGAAGCUUUAAAAGACAUUGAAGUUGAGAUCCUUGACUGGCAACAGGAAGAUCUCUGCAGCGACAAAAUUGCAUUAGCUGCAAAAAACGUUGUGGAAAUUUCCCUGUAUACCUCAGGGAAAAGAGCUAUCCUUCAGAAUUGGUGCGGAAAAAACGGGCUGGAGCAGUUGAAGCAGCUCAAGAAGGUGACCAUCAAGAUCGAUCCCAACAAGGCACUGUUACAUUUUUCUGCUACUCCCUUGUACUUAAGUGGACACGCAACGAUAUUUGGUUAGGUGGCAUCGGCCAACGGCUUUCCAAAUUCCGUUUGUGUCCACUUACUUUCGUUCGACUGUAAAUUAUGUUCUUGACCGACCAACUGCAUGUGGCCCGAAGAGACCUGUAUCG